AUGGAAUUGUCUUAAUUUAAAGAUAGAUCAUCUCAGAAAAGUAAAUAAAAAUAAAUAGUAUAGCACCUACACAUGGGUUUAUUAAUGCAAGUCUCUAAACUGAGACACAUUAAAUAAAUAAUAUAAAACGUCUCUAAAACAAAUCCUAGAAAUUACUUAUUAAUAAUAUAACUACAGGGUAACGCAGGUUAACCUUCUAGAUACGGUGUUGUGCACAAUUCUGGGGUGUUAGGAUUAAGCAAUCAGAUGGCGAUUUGAACGAGGGGGUAAUAAUUUGGCAUGGGGUCAAAAUUGGGCGCAACAACGGUUGUCUGUUGAAAAAUGUUAUAUUUCAUAAAAACUAUUAAUUACCAUACAGCACUGUUUGUUUUGAUGUUUUUAUGCCUAUGUUGCACUCGUUAAUUCCUUGAAACGGAUGCAAGAAUGAAGUCCCUAGAUUUUUCUUCAGCUUUUUACAAGCCUUGUAAACAGUGAAACUUAAAUGAUCCAUCCAUCCAUCCAUCCAUCUAUCUAUCUAUCUCAGAGUCAUAGUGCUGUAUCAUAAGGAAUAACAAUAAUCAAAUAAUAUAAAACACUAUGCCACUUCAUAAAAUUUCCAAGAUAACGGUCAUUUGCAUGCCCUGUUUCUUUGUAAAUAUAGUUAUGUAGACCCAAAAAUGAUAGGGUUAUGCAGAACUUGAAGGGGAGGAGCAGACAGAAGCCUCUUAUCCAGGUAAUCUCCGGAUCCAUCUGCUGGUUCAUCAGCCAUCACUGAGCACCGAACAACAGGGCAGCAGCAUGAUGCUGCUCUCUCCUGCAGCUGAGCGCAGUCAGGACGGUCUGCUGUCGGUUCUCGGGGAGCUACUGGAGGCUCAGUCUCACUGUGAGCUGUUUGGUCUUGAGUUGGGAUCAGGCACAGGGCAGCAUGUGGUGCACUUCGCUCAAGAAAUGCCCUUUGUCACGUGGCAGCCAUCAGACAUCAAGGAGGAGGCACGAAACAGUAUCAGAGCUUAUAUAGGGGCCACUAAAGCAAAAACAGUGCUGGAGCCGGUGUAUCUGGAUGCCAGUCAACCCUGGGAGAAAUGGGCAGGACUUCCACAAAGCUCCUGCGACAUUAUUAUAGCAAUCAACCUGCUUCAGUACAGCCCCUUCAGCACUGCAGAGGGUGUGUUUAAAGGAUCUGGGCAGAUACUGAAACAGAACGGCCUGUUAAUGACUUACGGACCGUAUGCUAUCAAUGGAACCAUCACCCCAAUCUGCAACGAACAGCUGGACCAGACAUUACGCCAGAUGAAUCCGGACUGGGGUCUUCCAGACGUCGAUGUGCUCAGACAGCUGGCGUUCAGUAACGGAAUGAGAAUGGAACGAAUGAUCGAGAUGCCUGAGAGUAACAAAUGCCUUGUCUUCAGAAAACUGUAGGAAAUCUGUCCCUUCAGAGAACAUGGAUCCGGUCUCCA